CAAGAAGAGUGAGAGAGAGUGAGCGCAAGAGAGAGAGAUGAAAGGGUGGAAAGAGGCUCAAAAAUAUCCUCCUUUGAAACUUGAGUGGAAAGUGUUGAGAUCGUUUGAGGCUCACACGGGUGUCGAAGAGCGAAUUUGCGAAGAAAGCAUGAGCGGAAAAGUGGAUAAAGUUUGUGCUGAGGAUGUCCAGCAUGAAGGUGAAGUCACGAGCUUGUGCUAUCGCGACAAUACUCUGUACUCAGGCGGUGCCGAUGGCAAAGUUAAGAUCUGGGAUGUGGAUCUGGUACAGAAGCGUGAAAUCACUGCCCACGAAGCCCUUAUUUGGGCCAUGUGCCUAGACUCCCGCGGUCGCCUGUUCACGAGCAGCACAGACGGCUUGGUGAAGAUCUUCGAAAAUCCACGCUCCGUCGAGUUCUCCCAAGAGCUCAUAAAGUCCUUCGACGAGCUGCUCUGCGUGAUAGCCGUCGGCGAAGACAUCUACACCGGAGACGACAAGGGAGUGGUGACAUGGUUCGUUGAUCGCAAAAUCAAAUUCAUGUACAAUCUCGUGGAAGAGGUGAAAUCUCUCGCGGUGGAGGGAAAUCUCAUCUAUACCAUCCGUGACACGGACUUAGUGAUAACAGAGAAAACCGAUUUGAAAACUGGUAAGUUUGCAACUAAGCGCACCCUUCCUGGAAAGUCACCGAUGAUCAUCUGUGGAUUGGAGACGAACGGUACGAAGCCCUGGCUGGUGUUCUGCACGCGAGACGGCAAAGGAGUCACCGUGAUCGAUAACUUCCGGCGGCCGCAAACUCCGUCCGCUCCUUGGACCGAGCUGUGGACAAAAGAGAAUGCUCACGACAUGAUCAUCAACUGUCUGUACGGAAAUGCAACUGAGUUCUACAGCGGAGGCUGGGACGGAAAGGUGAAGAAGUGGGUGGAAGUAGACAAAUUCCCCAAAAUUGCAGGUGAGGCCGAUAUCGGUUGUUGUGUCAACGCAAUCACAGAUGGACCAGAUGGGAGUGUUUUUGCCGCGGGCGCUGACGGUAAAAUUAGGAAAAUCAUUUUUGAGUAAGAUUCUCAACAUUUCAUUUGCCCAACGGAGAGUCGUAAGUCACUGGACGUCACGCACAGGACACAAAGAGGUGAAAAGAAGAUAAAAGAGAAAUUGUUUUUAAUUCUUAUUGUCGCAUUAAUUUGGCUUAAUGUUAUGUAGAAUUUUUUGAAUAAGAUGAGGAUAAAAAAUAUCCCAAUUUAAUGUCUAUUUUAAAAAUAAAAUUUAUGAUAUUUACACAAGUCUA